ACAGCAUAUCAAAAGAACGGCCUCCCUCCUCCUCAGUCCUCCCUCUGUUUUCUCCUUUCUCCUCCUGCGCACCAUCAAUUUUCAAGAAACCCUCCACCUUCCUCCGGCCUCCCACCGCCGGCUCCCCCUUCCUCUGCCCUCUCCGCCGCCCUAUCCGCCUCCACUGUGGAUUAACAUUUUUGCAGCCUAUCUCCAAGGGGGGCUCGUAUUCAAAUCAGUCCUCAACUGAACUGAACGGAAAAGAGAGGAUAUGGCGGCAAGGGUGCAUCACUCCCUUCAAUCUCAUACAACCACCUUCACCACCUUCUUCUUUCCUAAAUCCAUCAACAAAACCCACAACAAAUGGUUCUCACCAUCAUCCAGAAGAUCACCAACUGCUUUAUACUGCACUUGCAGCAGCACUUCUAGCCAAGAUCCAUUUGUCCUCACCACCCCGCUUUAUUACGUCAAUGCCCCUCCUCACAUGGGCAGUGCCUAUUCCACCAUUGCCGCCGAUGCUAUUGCUCGCUUUCAGAGGCUUAUCGGAAAGAAGGUUAUAUUCAUCACAGGCACAGAUGAACACGGAGAGAAAAUAGCUACCGCCGCCGCUGCAGGUGGCUCCACCCCAAAUGACCAUUGUGACGCAAUUUCACAAUCUUAUAGGGCGUUGUGGAAAGAUUUAGAUAUAUCUUACGACAAGUUUAUUCGCACAACUGACCCUAAGCAUGAAGCUAUUGUGGAAGAAUUCUAUUCGAAGGUUCUUGCUAAUGGUGAUAUUUAUCGAGCUGAUUAUGAAGGACUAUACUGUGUCAAUUGUGAGGAAUACAAGGAUGAAAAAGAACUGCUUGAAAACAAUUGUUGUCCAAUGCACCUAAAGCCGUGCGUCUCAAGGAAAGAAGACAAUUACUUCUUUGCACUGUCAAAAUAUCAGAAAAAGUUGGAAGAUAUUUUAGAGCACAAUCCAGAUUUUGUACAACCAUUGUAUCGUUUAAAUGAGGUUCAAAAUUGGAUGAAAAGCGGGCUGAAAGAUUUUUCUAUAUCCCGAGCUUCAGUGGAUUGGGGUAUUAGAGUUCCUAACGACCCGAAACAAACCAUAUAUGUUUGGUUUGAUGCCUUGCUAGGUUAUAUAUCGGCAUUGUCGGAUGAUCAUGAGCAACCUAGUUUACAAACCGCAAUUUCAUCCGGUUGGCCUGCUUCGCUGCACUUGAUUGGAAAGGAUAUAUUGCGUUUUCAUGCAGUUUACUGGCCGGCUAUGUUAAUGUCCGCUGGAUUGAGCCUUCCCAAUACUGUUUUUGGCCAUGGUUUCCUGACUAAGGAUGGUAUGAAGAUGGGAAAGUCACUUGGGAAUACCCUUGAACCAAAAGAGUUAGUGCAAAGAUUCGGGCCUGAUGCCGUCAGGUACUUCUUUCUCAGAGAGGUUGAAUUUGGAAAUGACGGUGAUUACUCUGAGGAACGCUUCAUCAAUAUUGUCAACGCACAUCUCGCCAAUACAAUCGGAAAUCUUCUUAAUCGUACACUUGGACUUUUGAAAAAGAACUGCCAAUCAACUUUGGUUGCUGAUUCGAGUGAUGCUGCUGAAGGUAUUGAAUUCAAGGAUACUGUAGAAAAGCUGGUUGAAAAGUCAAAGGUUCAUUACGAAAGUCUCCAACUAUCAUCUGCUUGUGAGAGUGUGAUGGAAAUCGGUAAUGCUGGCAAUCUAUACAUUGAUGCACGUGCACCGUGGUCUCUUUUUAAACAAGGAGGUGAAUCUUUUGAUUCUGCUGCAAAGGAUCUCGUGCUUAUAUUAGAAGCAGUGAGGAUUAUCGCGGUUGCAUUGUCGCCCGUUACACCAAACUUAUGUCUUAGAAUUUAUCGUCAACUUGGCUACACCGACCAACAGUUCCAUGCUGCCACAUGGAGUGAUACAAAUUGGGGUGGGCUGAAGGGUGGUCAGGUGAUGGCUCCACCUACCCCCAUCUUUGCUAGGAUUGAAACGGUUGAAGAAGCCGAAAGUGGGCCCGCUACUGAGAAGAAAGUUUCAAAGAAGAAAGAGAAGGCAUCACGGAGUCAAAGUACCAUCGGAGCCUAGACGUAUUUGUGAAGUUACCUCAUAACGAAUUUAUCGCUCUAAUUGGAAUUUUCAUAUUUAUAAUAAAAUGGUUCAUUGUUCAUC